CGAACAUGAAUUCUCGAGCGAACGUAGAUACCGUGAAAACUGCGAACGCCGAGAUACUUUGCAAUCGCGAUGAUUUGGAUGAUCUGUUAAGAGAAUACGAGAAACAGAACGAACAAGCUCACGGUAGGAUCAUCCUGAGGGACUAUCUGAAGCUCCUCAGUAACGAAGAGAUAAAGGUCAAUUUCAUCUUGAAAGUAUUGACGAAAGCGGUAAAUGAUCACAAAAUUUUCGUGAUUUAUGGCAAUUUCCCAGUGCUGAGGAAGCCUCUAGGAAAAAGAGGGUGGAUAGAGAAAAGAUUCAUCAGAAGAUUGCUCUCCACUUCUCUGGAGAUGUCUGAAGGUUACUGA